UCAGGAGAACCUGCAGGAAACUUGCAACGCUCUGCCUUGACAAGAGUCUAACCCAUACAGUCUUACUUCAGAAAGACUACAAGUACAGGUAAACAAAGACAAAGUGAAGCAGCUGAUGAGGGAUAUUGGAAAAGAGAUUUACCAGCUGAACAUGGCUGGGUGCUACUGGCUGCCCAGCUCCUCUAUUGACCAUAUCACACGGUGCAAGAACCUGGUAAAACUGAACUUGUCUGGGUGCCACCUCACCUCUCUCCACCUCUCAAAGACGCUGUCCACGCUCCAGCACCUGCGCUCCCUUGCGAUAGACGUCAAUCCGGGUUUCGAUGCCGGUCAACUAAGCAGCGAGUGUAAAGCCACUCUUAGCCGUGUCUUGGAACUGAAGCAAACCCUUUACACUCCAUCGUAUGGCGUUGUUCCCUGCUGCACUAGCCUUGAGAAACUGCUGCUUUAUUUUGAGAUCCUUGAUCGCUCACGGGAAGGUUUUAUGCUUUCUGGGCAACUAAUGGUAGGUGAGAGCAAUGUCCCCCAUUACCAGAACCUUCGUGUCUUCUAUGCUAGGCUGGCUCCGGGCUAUGUUAAUCAGGAGGUGGUGAGGCUGUACUUGGCUGUGCUGAGUGAUCGAACACCUGAGAAUCUUCAUGCCUUCCUCAUUUCUGCCCCUGGUAGUUUUGCAGAGACAGGAGCCACUAAAAACCUUCUGGACUCCAUGGCUCGAAACGUACGUCUGGAUGCUUUGCAAUUGCCCAAAGCCUGGAUUAAUGGCUCUGGCCUCCUGCAACACUUGAAGUUCAACAACCCUUUCUACUUCAGCUUUAGCCGGUGCACCUUAUCUGGUGGUCAGUUGAUCCAGAGGGUUAUGAACGGUGGCAAGGAUCUUAAAAGCCUGACCAGUUUGAAUCUCAGUGGCUGUAUUCACUGUCUGGCUCCGGAAUCCUUGCUUCGAAAAGCAGAAGAUGACAUUGACAGUAGCAUUCUGGAAAGUCUGGUAGUGUCCUGCUGUAACCUGAGACACCUCAACCUCUCUGCAGCUCACCAUCACAGCUCAAAAAACAUAGGGAAUCAUUUGUGCCAGCUUCUGGCCAGACUAAAGCACCUACUCUCGUUAGCGCUACCAGUCUGCUCCAUCACGGAUGUUGCUGCAAACGUGGAAAAGCCUCCCAUGCAGUCUAAUGUGAUGCCCCAAACAUUAGGAAAGAAAGUCCGGGUAGGGGUACAGACGUAUUCAAGUCAGAAGCCACAGUCUUCAGUAUUCUGGGCUUUGAUGGGAAGCCUUCCACUUUUGGAAAACUUGGAAAUAAUUGGGUCCAGUUUUUCCUCUGCCAUGCCCCGCAACGAGCCAGCGAUUCGGAACUCGUUGCCUCCUUGUGUCCGGGCCCAAAGCGUGGGGGAUUCGGAGGUAGCUGCCAUUGGCCAGUUGACUUAUUUGCAGAGCCUCACCUUAGCACAGCUGCCAAAUAUCCUUACUGGCUCUGGGCUUAUUAGCAUUGGAUUGCAGUGCCAGCAUUUGCGGACUCUUUCGUUGGCCAACCUGGGCAUGAUGGGGAACAUGGUCUACAUGUCUGCUCUCACGGACAUGCUGAAACACUGCAAGUGUUUGAGAGAUCUCAGGCUAGAACAGCCGUACUUCAGUGCAGGCGCCCAAUUCUUCCAAGCACUGAGUCAUUGCUCUUCUCUCCAGCGGCUUUGCAUCGUCUCCCGGAGUGGGACUCUGCAGUCUGACGCAGUGAUGUCAUUCAUGGCCAGCUGCCUUGAGGUCAUCAUGUGCCACAUGUUUAUGGGAGAAUCUCUUACCGUGUGCAAAAAUCUCCAGCAGUCUAUUGUCCGGAGUUUCCAGGCAGAGCGCCCUGCGUUAAAUGUCGUCAUUUUCCCUCUGCUUCAUGAGGACUUGACAGAGGUCAUCAGAGAUGUCCCUAUGAGGCACUUGGAUGAAAUUACCUUGUUUAAAAGCAGAGUGGCUGAGGAACCUCCCAACCUGUGGUGGUGACUGUCAUGGCAUGGAAGGGACAAUUGGAGUGAACACACGGAAAAUUUCUCGUUGGCCUGGCUUCCCCAUCUUCAGCCUGUGGUUGCCUCACUGGAUGCUCUGUACAAUCACUUUAAUUAGGUGCAAUUGCAAAAUAAAAAAUGCUGGGCCUUUGCCAUGAGGAAACAUCGACUGGGUAAUGCUUGCAUCUGAAAAUCCUAUCUCCAAGGCUUCUGGAAUACGAUGAGUAUUUCCUUGCAGUUAAUAAUGACUUGCUUUGUUAUUUCACUUAAGUUAAAGGUAAGAGAAACUGACUUAAUGAUGCUCUUCCCCUGUGUUGCCUGGUGUAAGGCCCCUGUGUAUUUAGGCAGUGUUUUGUGAUAUUGGUGGAAAUUAUUCUUUGCUUUGGCCUAUUUUUGGCAAAAUAGCAAGCCUAGGCCAGCUAAGAGGCACAAAAGUGUGUUGCUCCGUUGAAAUGCAUCACAUCUUUUCUGUGUUACAAACAUGCAUUCAUAGUCGCAUACACAUGCAGUCACAGAUAUUUAAAGAGUUUUUUGAAUGAGAAGUACCUCAAGGACUCUUUUUUUUUUUUUUUUGGAAUAACAAAUCAUGGUCAUUCGUCCCUUGGUCGUGGUAUAUUCUUCUUGCUGAUAAUGUUUCCAUCAGUUGGCCUGGUGGAAGAAGUUCUCAGCGGUUUUUGAAAUCCUUGUCCUAGGGUCAAUGGAGCCCACAGUGAGUAAGUUGAAGCUUAGAUCUGAUUUAAAUGCAGUCUGUCUUGCAGUUUAGAUGGGAAUGUAGUGUUCCAGUUCUGUCCUUAGAUCCCAUGCCUUGAGCUCAUGCUAAUUUUAGAGAUAUUAAUGAAAUAUUUUCAGUGUGAUUUCAGACGGCUUCUCUGCUCCACAGAACUUCCUCAGGCAUCAGUAGUGGUCUGGAUCACUUUCAUAUUGCCUUAUUUAUUGAGCACUUUUGAAAGCAUCAGACAGUUGUCCCAAAAGCCAAACUGCAAAUUUCUGGCGUGACAUUUCUGGGUGGCAGUCAGAUUUCUGUUUUGCUGGAGUAGUUUGUGGUAGAACGCUGGGUUUGUCUUUUGCAAAACAGUUAUCAACCUCAAGUUUAUCCAAUUUCUCUACCUGUAAUCUCCUAAAUGCUACCUAAUGUGUUGAGUGGUUUUGCUGUAACGCUACUUUUCUGGGAGAGGCCCUGGGUUAUCCAGAGAUGAUGUCCCCAGCUCCUCGUCAGCAUUUUCUAUGCAGAAUGCCAUCUCCUGAGCGCUGUUCUGUGAUCAGUGGCUCCCAGGAAGCCUGGUUUGACAGGGGAUAGAUUUGAGAGCAAAAUGCAUCUCGCAGCUUCGGAGGACUUUCCCUCCUUGCUUUCCCAUCAGUCAGGAACCUACCUGUCUGAAACUAUGACUUGUUGGUUUAUGUUUUGGGCGAGACUGUGGUAUCUCUUAUGCUCAGAUAGGUUAAUGUUAACAUGCUCAUUAAUGCCGCAGCCUUUUAUUAGCAUAAAGUCUGUGCAUUGCUAGAAUUAACCGCGGGUGUGUUUGCUGUCUGCCUUUGGUUUCUCCCCCUUCCCUGGUCAGGACUGGGGGCCAGCAGCAGUCUCAGAUUUGCAGCCAGGAGCUAGGUGGUGAGGAAGGCUUACAAUUGCCCAGGAACGACUGCGUCUUCCUCACUGCCGAGCCGGGAGCGCUCCUGAAACGUUUGAGAGUCUCAGCCUCUGGUCAAAUACCAUCGUGGUGUGGGUGUGAGGAGCUGGUACCCUGCUCUUGGCAUCCUGUGACUAUUUUCUCUCUUGCUCUCCAGGCGAGGUCGUUCUUUCUACCUCGUCACCCUGUUUGCUUGCUUGAAUCCCCCUCUCAACAGCUGCCCUCUCUUCCUUCCCCCCUUCAGCAAAUCAGAUGUGCUUUUUGGCAGGACUGCAGGCCCCUGCUUUGUGCAGUUCAGGCCACUUCAGCUCUGCCUGGUUUGUGUCUGGGACCCUUUCCUUGCACGAAGGAGGAGGGCUGGGCAGUGAGCGGUGUUUGAAGCAUGACCAAAGCUGCAUUCCUCUCGUGUCUCCAGCCUCAGGGCAGGGUAGAGGGAAGGCUGAGGGUUUGGAGGUGUGGAGCCAGCUCCCUAAUGCUUCAGGAGACCUAUUUUGUCCCGUGGAGGAAUACUGACGUUUGGUACGUGCCGCAGGGGCAAGGCCUGUCCCACCCUGCAGAGGGAUUUCCCCUCCGCGCGCACCCCGAGGCACCAGCAGGAGUCUGGCAGAACUGCCAGCUCGCUUGCUCCCGUCCUGCUGGAAAACCUGAGCUCGGGGAUAGUGGUAUGCACAAUACCUGUUGCUUAAUGCUGUUCUUAACCCUUUGGUCUUAAGGGUGAGGUUAACCUGACGAGUACGUGCUUUCCUUAGGCCUUUUGCUUGGCAAAACGAUACCCAUCUGGUUUUGUAACACCGCUAUUCCGUUGCCUGGAGUACGAUGUUUAGACAUCUGUGUUCAAGGUAGCAGGUCAGUGGUCUUGAUACGAACGUGCCGCUUGCAGUCGGGGCUAGGAAAGGUCACCCACAGGUGACUGAGUUAGCACCACAAAUAGUGAUAAAAAGCUAAAAACUUCUUCCAGCCUCCGUUCCCCAACUGCAGGCCAGUGCUCAGUAUCUGUACUACAAAUCCUCCUAUGGUGAGUGAGAAUUUCCGCUGCUUCUGCACUCCAGGCAGGAUUCACCAGAUGUUAAUAAUGUGCUUAUUUUCUCUAAGUGCUAUUUUGGCAUCGGUGUUAAUUACAAUUUAUAUUCUGCAACAUUUACACUGGGAAAAGAACCCACCCUAAUAGUCCCCAAUUGGCAGAGCCGGGCUAUUAAACAUAGCACCAUAUGUUCUGAGCAGAGCAAUGUACGGGACUCGGAGCCCAGUCAGCGCUGAGGCUGCGGCGUGCGGCCUUAGAGGAGGAGAGAAGAACGGGGAGAUUGGCGUUUUAUUCUUAGUUUUUAUUUGAUACGAAAUCCCCUCUUUGCUCUCUAUCCCCAUCUCUCCAGCAAUCUCUCCCUGCUCUCUGUAAGCCUCUAAAUGAGGUGAUCUCCUGAGCUUGCUGAUGCCACUGUCCGUAGUUUAAAACAAAUGAAUUCAAUCGCAGAAGGUGCCCUUCUCGCAGGGGCUGCCUCUGCGAGAUUCCUGGUCCCUGCUGGCACGUUUCUUGCUGCACUCCAAAUCAGACCUCCCAUCUUUGGAGACUGCAGAAGAAAUCUUUGCAUCGACCACCAAAGAGAUUGCCACGUUUCUCUGGGAGAAGGAUAUUCUUGGGCAAGUGCAGCCGGUGGCUGAAAUCAAAAGCCAUUUGUCACUCUGUUAAUGGCAGAAGUCUGUUUAUCAAUGUGGCUUUUGGUUCCCGCAGACUGGGAGGGUCUAGAUGUGAAGAGUGACAGUGGUUUUGGGGUAGAGAGGUUUGACGGGAGCAAGUCACCAACAUUUCAAUAGGUUUCUUAGAGGGACUGUAACUUAAAGGAUCGCUUCCUCAGCUUCUUUGCAAGUCUGGUUUCAUGGCCUCUUUCGAAAAAGGUCGUGCAUUCACGGCUCAGUUCGGAAAGCGGGCUGUAUGGUAGCAAAGCUUCAGGAGAGCUUGGACUUAAAUGACUUGUGCAUUGGAGUGAUGGCUCAGCUCCUGCUUUUCCCUGGGCUGUUUCCAGCUCUCGGGCCCCGGCUGCCCCUUCGCAGCCGGGGGUCGAGCUCAGCGGGCGCCCUCCUGCU